CUAUUUAGCAGAUAAUUGAGGUUCUAAGAGAAAAUAUUGCAACAAUAAAAGGCUCUACUAUUGAAGAUAAUUUGUACUGUAUUAGUGUACACUACCGACGUGUCAAGAGGGAAGAGUUCUCAAACUUAUAGGAUGUUGGUGUCCUCAAAGAGAUUGUGGAGUCCAUUAUGAAAGCUUACCCAGAUUUUCAAAUCUCGGGAGGAAGAAAGAUACGGCCAAAGAUAAAGUGGGAUAAAGGUCGUGCACUAUUGUAUUUGUUAGAGACUCUUGGCUUUGACAACUUUAACCAUGUUAUUCCAAUUUACAUUGGGGAUGACAAAACAGAUGAAGAUGCUUUUAAGGUUAUAGUUGAGAAAGGGGAAGGUUUUCCAAUAAUAGUUUCUUCGGUUGCUAAAGAGACCAUGGCUUCUUUUUCUCUGCGUGACCCUUCUCAUGUUAUGACCUUCUUGAUACGUUUAGCAAAAUGGAAAAGGAACAACUCAUUCAUCACCAAAACCAAACAAAGUUGA